CCUUAUGAUAUUAAGUUUUUUUGUGUUUUAUGGUCCAUGAAUUUUAGUGUUUUUGACUUGAUUAGCAUUAUUCCACGAAUCGAUGUUUAAUUAAUAAUCAGCGAUGACAAUACAAUCGAAUCUUAUCGAUUCCCCUGAAAUUAGCGAGCUCUGCAUUCUAUGGCCAUAGCCUCCUCCUUCUCGUUCCCUUUGGAUCUACACCGCCAUCGUCUUCUUCCGCGCCACUUCAUACACCAUCGAUCUUUUCCCGCUCUGCCCAUUUCUUCGUACCCAUUUCCCCUUUUGCUCAAAACUCAGAAUCAGUUCUUCAAAACCUCAUCAGCUCCGCUUGGUUCAUCGCCCACGACAUUGGAUUCUUCGCUUCUCGAAGACCCACUUCGGACUGGUCGAUUUCUGACCAACGAUGAGUACGAGAGGCUCAAGUUGCUUGGGGAUUUUGAGUAUUUCCAGGAAUUGGAAUCUGGGUCGAUGUGGGUUCGGGUUAUGAGGGAUUGUGAACUUGAUGCCACUGUUGGGUUGCUAGCGGAGUCAUUUGCGGAGUCCAUGUUCUGGCCUUCUGGCUAUAUUUCUUUGCUGAGAUUUUUGGUGAAACAGUAUUUGAUUGAACGAAGGGCCUUGAUGCCCCAUACCGCUACACUUAUUGGGUUUUAUAAAGGCAAAAAUGGGGAAGAAGAGGAGGCUGAAGAGCUGGCCGGCACAGUGGAGGUGUCCUUUGACAAGCGAGGUGCCAAUGCAUCUCCCCCCACUCCUACACCUCCCAAGGAUUCGCCUUACAUAUGCAACAUGACUGUUAAAAAGGAGCUUCGGAGGAGGGGUAUUGGGUGGCAUCUUUUGAAGGCUGGUGAGGAAUUGAUCUCACAAAUGAGUACCUCAAGGGAGGUGUUCCUGCAUUGUAGAAUGAUUGACACAGCUCCUUUCAAUAUGUAUACAAAAGCUGGCUACACCGUUGUGCAGACGGAUACCAUAAUAAGCUUGUUGAUGCUGCAGAGGCGCAAGCACUUGAUGUGCAAGGAGCUUCCUGCCAUCACCAUGCGCAGUCCUGAGUCAGAUGCACCAUUUUCUGUUGAGGAAUGAAUUUUCUAUUUGCAUAGACAAAUUGUUCCACGUUCUGCUGAGGUGAAUAACAUAUUUUUCUUUUUCCUCCGUAAAGCUAAGGUUUGCAACUAAAUUACUCUGUACAUAUUUGUAGAUUAGAUACUGUAACUUCUUUCUUGAUUAUCUUUUGUCAAGAAAAUAUAGUUGUUCAAGUUGGAAUUCAAUCUUUUCCAUCAUUA